GCCGCACUGAGAGGCCCGAACUCUUAAAGGGACAGGAAGACCGAGCGGCCUGAAGUUCUUAAAGAGACAGGCACCCUGCUCCGGCAGGCACCAUGGACAGCGAGGCUUUCCAGAGUGCCCGGGACCUCCUGGACCUGAACUUCCAGUCUCUGGCCAUGAAGCACAUGGACAUCAAGCAAAUGGAGCUGGACACAGCGGCAGCCAAGGUGGAUGAACUGACCAAGCAGCUGGAGUCGCUGUGGUCAGACUCACCAGCGCCUCCUGGUUCACAGCUGGGAGCCACUGCUAGGUUAACCCGGUACAGCUCCAGCCCGGUGCCGGAACUUUUCGUCAGCCGCGGGUCCCCCCGGAAGGCGGCCACCGAGGGCGCAGACACUCCAUUUGGACGCUCGGAGAGCGCCCCGGCUCUGCACCCCUACAGCCCGCUGUCUCCUAAGGGUCGACCGUCGUCACCACGCACCCCACUCUACCUGCAGCCCGACGCCUACGGCAGCCUGGACCGUGCGCCCUCGCCCCGGCCCCGCGCCUACGACGGCGCAGGCAGCGCCCUGGGCCGGGCGCCCUCCCCGCGGCCCGGAGCCGGCCCGCUCCGCCAGCAGGGGCCCCCCACGCCCUUUGACUUCCUGGCGCGCGCGGGCUCCCCCCGCGGCAGCCCUCUGGCGGAGGGGCCCCAGGCUUUCUUCCCGGAGCGCGGGCCGUCCCCGCGCCCGCCUGCAGCAGCCUACGACGCGCCGGCGGCCUUCGGGGGCCCCCUGCUGGGCGCGGGCGGCAGUGCCUUCGCUCCGCCUUUGCGCGCUCAAGAUGACCUCACCCUGCGCCGGCGGACCCCCAAAGCCUGGAAUGAGUCUGAUCUGGACGUCGCCUACGAGAAGAAGUCGUCGCAGACUGCGAGCUAUGAACGCCUGGAUACCUUCACAAGGCCCGUCUCUCCGGGCUUGCAGCUGUUGCCCUGGAGAGAGAGCAGUCUGGACGGCAUGGGGGCCGGCGGCAAGGACAACCUCACCAGCGCCACUCUGCCCCGAAAUUACAAGGUCUCCCCUCUGGCCAAUGACAGGCGUUCAGAUGUGGGCAGCUACCGCCGGUCUCUGGGCGCCACGGGGCCAUCCGGCACUUUGCCCCGCAGCUGGCAGCCUGUCAGCCGCAUCCCCAUGCCCCCUUCCAGCCCCCAGCCCCGAGGUGCCCCCCGCCAGCGUCCCAUCCCCCUCAGCAUGAUAUUCAAGCUGCAGAAUGCCUUCUGGGAGCACAGUGGCAGCAGGGCUAUGUUCCCUGGCUCCCUCGGCUUCCCCCGGGCUCCCCCACCCAAGCUGCCUCCCCAGCCACAAGCACCCCCCCAGCCCCAGCCGCCCCCACAGCCCCAGCCGCCCCCACAGCCCCAGCAGCAACCACAACCCCAGCCUCAAGCCCAGCCUCCACCCCCGGCCCUGACCCCCCAAACUCCCCAACUGACAUGGCCCCCUGGGAGCGAAGGCACCCCCAAACCCAUUGCUGAACUAGAGCAAGAGCCAGAGCUGGAGAGUCUACUGACACCGGUACUGGAGGCUGGGGAUGCCGAGGAAGGUGCUGUGACUCGGCCUCUCAGCCCCACUCGGCUGCAGCCAGCGCUGCCUCCCGAGGCCCAGUCGGUGCCCGAGCUGGAGGAGGUGGCCCGGGUGCUGGCGGAGAUCCCACGGCCCCUCAAACGCAGGGGCUCCAUGGAGCAGAGCCCGGCGGUAGCCCUGCCCCCCACCCACAAGAAGCAGUACCAGCAGAUCAUCAGCCGCCUCUUCCACCGUCAUGGAGGGCCUGGGGGGCCUGAGCCUGAACUGUCGUCCAUCACCGAGGGGUCCGAGGCCAGGGCAGGGCCCCCUGCUCCCGCCCCACCAGCCCCUCUACCGCCCCCAGCCCCACCCCAGAGCAGCCCACCGGAGCAGCCACAGAGCAUGGUAAGUAACACGGAGGAACCGGGGCGUAUUGGUAAGCAGUGGAUGUGCUCUUUGAGGUCACCCCUGGAAAUUGCACCUGUCAUUUUUACUGCUUCCAGCUCACCUGGAACCUAUCCCCGCGUUUUGAUGAACGACCCGAGCCAGCCCAACGAGGAGGGCAUCACCGCCCUGCACAACGCCAUCUGUGGUGCCAACUACCCCAUCGUGGACUUCCUCAUCGCGGCAGGCGCCAACGUCAACUCCCCCGACAGCCAUGGCUGGACCCCGCUGCACUGUGCAGCGUCGUGCAACGACACAGCCAUCUGCACCGCCCUGGUGCAGCACGGCGCGGCCAUCUUCGCCACCACCAUCAGUGACGGUGCCACCGCCAUCGAGAAGUGCGACCCCUACCGCGAGGGUUACAAUGACUGCGCCACCUACCUGGCAGACGUGGAGCAGAGCAUGGGCCUGAUGCACGGCGGGGUGGUGUACGCGCUCUGGGACUACAGCGCCGAGUUCGGCGACGAGCUGUCCUUCCGCGAGGGCGAGUCGGUGACCGUGCUGCGGCGGGACGGGCCGGAGGAGACCGACUGGUGGUGGGCCACGCUGCACGGCCAGGAGGGCUACGUGCCCCGAAACUACUUCGGGCUCUUCCCCAGGGUGAAGCCUCAGAGGAGUAAGGUCUAGCUGGAGAGAGGCGCCUCUCCACGGGAGACAGGAGGAGCAGCCCUGCCUGUGCCCAGGUGUUCCAGAGACGGCUGCAUCCCCUGCACCCCAAGCCCUGCAGGGGCGGGGUCCUGGCCACCAGCUCUCUGCUCCCCUGGAAACCAGGGUAGAAAGAGAACCCCCAGCCUUAAGUUUAGAAAUCUGCCUUAGCUGUGGGGAGGUCCUCAGAGUCAGGAGACACCCCCAUUUGCCAAAUAAGAUCCUGUCCAAAGUGCCUCCUACUGGGAACCCUCUCCAGACCCCGCCCCACAACGCAGGUCACCCUCCAUCCCGGCGGAGCAUCAGAUGGGUCACCUCCACUGGAUUUCUCUGGAGGUCUCCUCUGCCCCCAUCUCUUCCAGCAGCCUGGACACGGAGCUGAGGGUUUCCUGAGGGUCCCUGCCCCCCUCUCCAAUUACGCACCUUCACACAGGGCUAAUUUUAUAACAAGAUGAUUUUUCUUUAUAAAUAAAGGUAGUUUGCACAGGAUUUGGCGUCCUUCUCCUUGGAUUCUGUCCCCACUUAAUAAGGUGUCCCUGUGGCUACUGGUUUUGGCAAAACACUAGUAAGGGCCCUGCUAAUCCCAGCUGCUCUUCCACUCUCCCGAUUGGCCUCCUCGGGUGAUGCUGCUUUUUAAGCACCUUGAUCUUUUGUUCACAUUUUGGAGUCUUUGUUUAUUUGUUUAAGUGUCUUAAAAUGCACUCUGAUAAUCUUGUUAUCUGAGGUGGGGCGCAGGGGUGUAGCCCCCAGGUGGGGGACAGGGAGGCUUGAGCUUGCUCCCUCAGGACUUUCUGGAAGCCCGGCAGCCUCUCAGGACCCUGAGGUGUGACUUUCCUUCGCUUCCGCCCAGCCUCUUUGUCGUCAGCCCCGGCAGAUCUUGACAAAGCACCCUUCUGCCUCUGUCCUUUGACAAAUCAUAAAGAACAGCAGCAUCUUGGCCGAGGUGCCCAGUACAGUAGCCACCCACAUCUCGUGACUAUCGACUUUUACAUUUAAAUAAAAAUCAAGAGUUCAUUUCUUCAGUCACAAUGGCUCCGUUUCAAGAGUGGUGGAGUCAGAGGCUGGUCUGUCACCCCGAAAGUCCUGUGGGCCGGAGCUGACACCCAUCAGCAUCUUCCAGAAGCUCCACCAUGCCUCUGCCCAGCCUUCUGCCUCCGUAAAGGGCAACUACAGCUCUGACUGUGACCACUUUUGAUCCGUUUUCAUGAAUAUACUUGAUUUUCUUUUGUUUUCAAUUUUUUAUUGUUGUGUGAUUUAAUGAGUAUACUUUAAAAACCAUAAUGGUAUUUUAUCUUGAUCAUGGGAAAAAAACAAUCUCAGUGCCUCCUCCCUUCCCCCCACCCUGUCUGCUUUCAGAGACCUCCUCUUUUAAUUGCUUCUGGCAUUUUCUUCCAGGUUUUCUUUGUAAAUUUAUUUUUAGUUGUGGUAGUACCAUGUUUCUAAAGAAUAUGUUGACAUUGCUAGUCCUCAACUGGUCUGUUUUAGGCACGCGCUAUGCUUUCCUGGAACAGUGGGUGUGGGGCCCAGUCCCCAACCGGGGAAGUCACAUAAUUUUAUAGUCAUCAAUCAUUUUUACAGUGGAGGAGGCGACAAGUGGCUACGGUCUUGGAUGGUGCAGAUGCGUGACUAUGUGAAUGUUUUUUACAAUGUGAUGUACCGAUAUUGUCUCACAUGCAAACUA